CGCCUGGCCCUCUCGCAGCUGACGGCCACCCGAAGGGGCAAACCCGUCCAUCCACCCACCCGCCCGGAGCCCCUCCCUCCGGUUCGAACCGCCAUGUCGCGGCUGGACGGCCACACCGACCUGGACGGCGUCGCCAGGCGCCUCAGCUUCUCCUCCGCCUCCCCGGGCCAGCCGCCGCCCCUCCCGCCCCGGACGCCCCGGAGGCAGCCGGCCCUCCCGCCGAUCGCGGAGGACCCAGGGGAGCAGCAGUCGUCGGCGGCGGCGACGGCGCAGACGCCCCCGUUGUCGCAGGCGCCUCGCGCGACGACGCGCGGGAGGUUCACGGUCUACACGGAGGUACCGCCGUCCGUGCCCCACACGCAGGCGGCCCCCGUCGUACCUCCCGCGCCGUCGACGUCGCCGCUCGAGACGCAGCAAGCGACCCCCGUACCCCCCGCGGCGUCGACGUCGUCGCUUCAGACGCUGCAGGCGGUCGCGGCCGCGUUGGGGCACUUGGAGCAGCAACGCCAGGCCGGGCUGCAGCAGGCGUCGGUGGCGGCGCAGCAGCAGCAGGCGUUUGUGGCCGCGUACGAGGGAUGGGAGCGGGGGCGACAAGCCGGGCUGCAGCAGCAGCCGUGGGCGGCGGCGUGGGCGCAAUUGGGGCAGAGUCGUUCACCGUGGCCGCGUCAGGCGUGGGCGCAGCCGCAGCCGGAGCAGCAGCAGCAGCAGGUGAGGCUGUACACGGCGGAAGGGGAACCGGCGGGGUACACGACCAAGUGGGAGGAGCUCCAUCCGGUGUCCCAGCACCUUCUCCUGCAAAUCGAGGACAAGAUAAGGGAUGAGAGGCAUGCGUGUGAGCAGUUGGAACAAUGCAGGCGCCUCAGUGACCCAUCAGUCUCCAACAAGGGUUUUGAACUGGAUGCUCGUCAGAUUACCCAGGAGAUUGGGUUAAUCUCCACCAUCAUCGACAGGGAGAAGGCUCCCAUUCAGAGCUUAAUGGCUGAUAUCAGAGAAAUAAUGUCGCAUGUGGAUUUUGCUAUAUGUGCAUAUGCAGAAGUGAGACGAAGGUUCGUCAGGGGAGGUGCUGAACUUGCAUACUGUGCUGGAUCUUCAAGCGCCCCUACUGAUUUCAGCCGGCACUCGACAAUGGCCCGAACCUUUCGUAACUGUUAUGGUUCUGUAUAUCGGCCUUCUCUCUUUAUGCAACACAUUGUUGAAAGAUUUGAGAAGCAGCUUGAAGAAUGUUGCAAAUCGAUUGGAGAGCUAGAGCAGCUUGUUCAAACGAAGAAUGAUAAGACCCAUCCAGCUUCUUUGAAAUCUCUGCCAAAAGUUAUGUCGAAUGUGCAUGAUUAUCUUAUGUAUGCUGCUUCUAAGGUGGAAAAUCUUCAUCAACAUGCCGAAACAAUAAGAACUCAAUAUCUUAAUGAUCUGCGAAACAGUGGUAACUGGAAUGAUCCAUUUGUUGAAGCGGAUAGAAAAGAGGCAGCGAAACAAGAAGCUGCUGCCAGAAUAGUCCAUCCAACAUUGCCUGUAACUUGUGGCGACACCCGAAGCAGGCACCAGAUGUGUAAUUGAAUCAGCUUCAGAUCAGUCCUUUGUCAUGUUGCUCGUGGGCGGCAAUGGAUGGCGUGCGUAAUCGGUGACCUCGACCGCGACUGGGGAAGGAAGCUGCGGAGAAGCAACCAGUCAGGAACGAACGAGCGGUCAACUUUAGCUUGCUUGGCCUGGCCUGGCUUUUAGGAGGAGGAUGAGACGGUGGCACUUGCUGUAUUCUAGUGCGAAUAUGCAUGCUUCUUCAGGUCGUUGUCCCAGUUGAGAUGUGGCACGAUUCAGUCGGGUCGUACAGGUUCCCUCCCGGCUAGUGGCUGCCUGGUGCCACAGGAGGCAUCCCGAUUUGCUACCUUCUUUGAUUCCCACAGCUUGGGAUUCUCUGUUUUCUCUUUUGGCAUCUAUGCCUGGUUUCUUUUUGGGUUUUUGAACCGUGUGCACAGGCGUUAGUGGAUCGUAGAUGUGAUUACUGUAUGAUCAGAUAGAUAGAUAGAUAGAUAGGGAUAAAAGUUGCACAUGAACUGUAGAGGAGUCGACGGGGAGCAAACUCCCUCAAAAUAGUGCUCACGAUGUGUGGAUAUAACAGUUACGCCAGAAGAAAAAAAAGUGGAUGUAACAAUUCGGUUAUCAUCUG